AUGAUUAAGGUCAUCGCUCUGGUUGCCUGUGUGGUUAUCGCCGUUGUUGCAGCCGACGAGCAUCAUUCUCAUCCCAAGUACAAAUUCGAGUACGGAGUCAAGGAUGGCCACACUCACGACCACAAAAGCCAAUGGGAGCACCGUGAUGGAGAUGUCGUCAAGGGGCAGUAUACUCUGGAUGAGGCCGACGGUACCCACCGUGUUGUGGACUACAGCUCGGACCAUCACCACGGUUUCCAGGCUCAUGUUCAGCGCAGUGGACACGCUCACCACCCACAUGGAGAAAGCUAUGCCAACAUUGACCAACACCACUAAG